AUGGCCUCACAAAAUCAACCUCAAGUGCAAGUCGCCGUCAUUGAAUCAGCCGAAGACCUCAAGAUUGGAUUCGACGUCGUAUACCAAUGCUUCGGUAUCCAGGUACCCGACCAGAUACUCCAGGCCCAAAACCCAGGCUGGGACACUCCCGAAGGCAGGGUUCGCGCAACAGAACGAAUGACGACCAGCUUUGAGUCUUCCACGAGCCGAGACAAGCACGGCAGACCGAACAAAAUUUUCCUGAAAGCGACACUACCAGAUCCAGAGUCAGGCACGGAGCGCAUUGUCGGUCUGGCCGUCUGGCUUCAGCUCUCAGUCGUCGAAGGCCACGGUGAGCCACCAGUCGAAGAUCUGAGUAGAGUCAUGGACCUCGAAGCUCUCUACCCAGGCGACACAUCCGAACAAAAUUACCUCUGCGAACUGGAUCGCAACCUUCACAGACAGCGUACAGAGCUAGCGAAAAGUAAAGCUAACGCGUCUCCUCCUGCAGUCAUGGCUCUCGACCUGUGCGUCGUCCACCCAUCGUUCCAGCGAAGAGGCAUCGCGACAAAACUUGUGCAGUGGGGCUUGGACGAGGCGAAACGCAGAGGUGGACUUGAAGCCUGCAUGGAAGCGUCGACCAUGGGAAGGCACGUCUAUGGAAAGAUGGGGUUCCAGCAGGAAGGACCGGAGAUCGAUUAUGGAGUUGAGGGGGCGAAGUUUGCUCAGAGUGGUAUGCCGUCGAAUAUAUUCAUGCGAACUGGAGCGAAUUGA